AUGAUCCCGUCUCAGAGAUUCCAUGAUUCUCUAAACCUAAGAGGAGAAGAAUCCCCAGAUUGUAUACCGGAAGAGAGCUACCAAAAUCAUAACCUUGGAGACGAUGAAGACCAUGAAAAGACGCUUAUACGAAAAAUCGUGUCAAUAUUCACCAUUUCACCGUAUGAUUGGCAGUUUAUAUUGACCGAAUUCAUAUAUUCCAUUGAUUGGGAUGCCAAGGCGAACCCCGUGGCCAGACCAAUGGGACAUGCGCUCACCUUUGGCUUUUAUGGCAUGAGGCUACUUCAAGACGCUUUGAUUAAGCCAAAUCAGCACCAUUUGAACACUCCAAGUGAUGCUUUCAAUCUGGCACAGUCUAAAACUUUGAUGGAAUAUGGGUUACCAAAUCAAGUUUUGAGAGGUAACGUGCUGCGAAGCAACUCUCAGGCCGAUUGGUACCUUCUUGCUUUGAGUCAGUUAAGCGCCUUUUUCAAAGUCUCCAUAGCAAUCUUGCUUCUGACCAACGCAUACCUGUCUUGCAGUUUCCUUUUUGCGCACUAUCAAUCGUAUUCGCUUUUCCACUGUCGAGGCAGACCUUCUUCUCGAAAUGUCGUAAAGCAUUCAUUACACGAUCUGGAUUACCAGUCAGUGGAAGAUGUCUCCAAAAGCUCGCUGUGGACUAUGAUCAAAUUUGUCUUUACCUCGCGGAAGUCUUCCGAAGUGGGUGAGCCUGCGGACCAGUUCUACUAUGAGCUUAAGAAAUGGAGUCCCGGGAAAUUUGAGACGAAUUUAUUCGCAACUUUCUCACCGACUUGCGUUCUAUUUCUUCUUUUCACCGAGGUUUCGUUUUUGACAUUGAUCCCUGUAUUGUGCCAUCAAUGUGUCUUCUGGUUUCUGGUCUGUAAUAGGUACGAGGACCGAAUUGAUGACGAGAUUUGCCUUAAAAACGCCAUGAUGGCAGAAUUGGAUGCCAAGCUGAUUAAACCAAAAUCCUCUAUUAAGACCCAAGAUCUUAUGAUCGGGGCAUCACAAAACGAUAAUUUCGCUGAAGUUUAUCCCUCUUUCACUACCACGCGAUCUCAUCUUUUCCAAACGCACAACGUCGCGGGAAACGUCGUUGUUGAGAGGUACAAUGAGGUGACUGGGAUGUUUCAGGAUGUUAAUAAACCGGUACAUCGUAUACACGGGCGGUCGCAUGCCUACCACCACCCAGCUCGAGGUAACGAAUUAAGAGGUGCGAGGGUUCGCGGACUAUAUUCUGACCGCCAUUUUGGUACCUCAAGGUUUUCGACACCCGCGAAAAAUAGAAAAAAAUGGACCGAAUCGCUUUCCGAACCUUCAACGCCAAGGUUGCGGCCCUCCUAUAUUAACGUCGCGGACGCUUCAAUGGUCGGAAAUGACUCCGCUAUGUCAAAGGGAUCUUUGGGACUGCAUGAAAGUAUUCGCGCAAAAGCCAACGCCAGUCUUGCGCGCAGAAGGAACUCUACAAGUCCUACAAAGCAUACCAACAGCUUUUAUAAUACGACUUACAAUCGAACACCCCAAAGACCCUUCCAUGUUGCCGAUAGUACGGUCUCAUUUAGCAUGGAUGUUCCUGAUGAUGAAAUGCCUUUUGAGGAGGUGGCAAGACGAGGACGAAAGCACGAGCAGAGCCCACUUUAUUUCGGUGAACUUAACGAGAGAUCUAUUUCACGAACUUCGGCCAGAUCCUCACGUAAUGCUAGCAUAAGUCCUGCUAAAUCUUCUCUACUUGGCAGAAGAGAUUCAUUCAGCGGCCGGCCGCCUUUUCGAUAA